GUCCCUGAACAAGGACAGCACAGGCCCGGGUAAUUUAGCCCGUGCCCACCAGCUUCCAUGUGUUCCUGUGGGGAAUGCACAGCCGGCCAGUCACGCGCCAUCGGCCCAGUUCAAGGCCCUCUGAGCGCGUGGAGCGCUCUCAGGUCGAGAGCCCGAAGGAGGCGGUGAAUCCUCAUCAAAGCCUGUCCUUUGUGGACCUCACCCUGGAGGAUAUUCAUGCCGCCAUUAUCGCAGAAGAUCCCAAUUGGAACUUCCAGUUGGAUUUUUGGCAGGCCGUGCUUCUGGGCGCCGCGGCGCCAGAGUUCCGCUGCAUGCAGAACCGGACGCUGGGCUUUUGGGCCAAGUCCUUUCAGCGAUGGCAGCUCUUGAGAAAGCAGCAGGAGAUGUCUGACCGCUGCACAGUGGGGCAGUUGGAGAAGGUCUUUCAGGGCUUCGCCCGACCACGGUGCUUGGAGUUAGGAAAACUCUUCGGUGGCCUGAGAUCUUUGUCAGGAGUAUCUUUUGAGAAGACUUCGGUCUCCUUGGCCGAGAUCUUCACUGCCGGUGUGCUGAUGUCUGAGAUCAUCUCCAGCACCAACAAGCUCCGCUUUGUGUUUGGCAUGGUUGAUACGCAGGGAAGGAAUAGCCUCAGUCAGAAGGAGUUCGGCACCUUUGUGCAAAACUUCAUCCACGGGCUAAGUUGUGCCUUCGGACUCUGCAUGCCCAGCGCGGGCAAGGAAGAGCAGAAAGCCGUGCCCACUCGCGGCAGUUGGAGUAGCCUUUUGCUGCAAAGGAGGCAUUCCUCUGCGUGGUCGAACUGUGACGAGGAGCAUCGAACCAGGUACGCGCAGGUGCCAAAGCCGGAGGCCAUCCACCUGAUCGCCCAACGCCUCUACACCAGGAUCAGCCGGAAGGUGGCCCGCACCAUUGUGAAGCUGCACAGCAGCUUGCAGAACGAUGUGGACAGGGCAGCCGUGGUGGCUGCAAUCAAGGCUCGUCAAGCGUCGAGCGAGCAUCCUGCAGCCACCGGCCAGCAAGAACAGCGCUUGCCCUUUCCAGUGCUGUUAGACUGGUGUUUUCGCUUGGUCCAGGAUCCACUGGCCAUCCCCUAUGCUUUGGCCAUCGAGCGCUUUUGUCCCCGGGAAACGAGUGCAGACGACAAUCCUGAGAACUUUGAGGUGGAUGAGGAGCAGAUGUUCCACCUGAGCCCCGGUGGAGCUUCAGCCCCGGAUGAACGCGAGGCUGAGGCUGCGCAGUACAUGCCCAGCCGAGCAGAUGUCCUUGCCGCGAGGUAUGUGUACAACUUCGCAGCCGAGCAGAACUACUUUUCGCUGAGCCCGUCGGAGUUGGAGCAUGCCAUGAUCCAGGCCGGUCACAGUGACGUGGAAUUUGCCAUCCGCCUGCAGAAUGCCUGUGUCCAAGCCGAAAACAUUCGCAGCAAGCAACGGAAGCCUUCGUUCAUGCGUUUCUUGCGGCUGCUAUACGCCUGGGCGAUGCCGAAGCAUCUUCGCAUGUUUGAAAGGUGGUGCCAUCAGUACGAUGAGCUUCAGGAACGGAAAGCUCAGCUCAAGACAGACCUCAAGUCCAUGAAGGACUUCUUCGCAUGCGUUGAGACCUUCAAAACCAUGCCGGUGUUGCCACAGCAGGAGAAGGACAAGAUUCUGCAAGACUUUACCCGCUUGGACAUUGAAAAGAAAGGCUUCGUAGAGGUGUCCGAGCUAAAACGCGUCAUGGGUGGCAACCAGACGGAGUCGCUCAUCGGUGAGUAUGACUCCUCCGGAGAUGGAGUUAUCGACCAGGCAGAGUUUCUGGCGAUGAUGUGCCCUCCUGGCUACAAGAUGGAAAACUCUGAGGAUAAGGAAGGGCACAUGCUGGCUCAGCUCUUGAACGCUUACAUCGAUGAGGAGACUGCAAGGUUUACCUAUGGUGUGUGGACAUUCUUGCUGCAACGGGCCGCUGAGAGUGAGCUGAACCUUCGCGAGCAGGAACGCAAGGAAGUGGAGGCUGAGGAGGACCGCUUCGCACCCGCUGGAAGGUUGCGCGCCGAUAGUGUCUCCCUCCGAGCUGCCUUGCCAGUGGUCUCCCGGGAGACCUGGGAGCUCUGGAAUGAGCGCUUCAGCCAUUUGGACCAAGAUGACGAUGGUUAUAUCUCUGCCGAUGACUUGCGUUCCUUUCCCGGACUCUUCCACUCGAGCAUUGCGCGCGACUUGUUGCUCGGCAUUUUGGACCACAAGAGCGGGCCCAGGAUCUCCAAGGAGUUCUUCCUGGACACGUUACUGAAGACGCAACGCGUGAGGAUGCCCACCUGAGUAAUAAUGCACCGAGCAUGCCAUCCGACCAGCAGAGAGCAACGCAAGGCUUUUGCCUGGGGCUUUUGCCUGUUUUGCCUUUUGCAUUUGAGGGACAAAAGGAGGAAGCAUUCCACCUGGAAGGGUCGAAUUCGUUCAAGGGACGCCGCUUGUUUUAAGAAUCUGAAUCGUUUUCAAUCAACUUGGAGAGAGUGGAGGCUUUAGAGCUUCAAGGCGCACAUGGACUCCUU